AUGCCCAAUGCCCCAAAGCAACUUUUGCCUUUGGAUAGGAAGUGCUGCACAGCCUACUUCUCCUGCCUUCUUUUGCUAACCAUUUUGUUUGGACUGAAAGUCAUAAUUGAAAAUCCUUUAGUGCAGACAAAAGAUGUGGAAAAAGAAGAAAAAUUCAACCCUACAACACCAAGCAACUACAAAUUAUUGCUCAGUGAGAAUCAUUCUGCAGUUAGAAUCUAUGAAGCAGACACCAGGCUGCUGCCUCUGUUGCAUCUACCUGUGAAGAACCCUCAAGAUUUUUACUCACUGCGGGAUAUUGUGGCCAAUGGACAAAGCCUGGAUGGAAAAAUAAUUAAUGUUCUUGCUGCUAUUAAAUCAGUUGGUGAACCAAAAUAUUUUGCUACUUCAGACAGGCGGAAGGGCCACAGGUGUGAAAUAAGGCUGUGUGAUGAUAGCGAGUCUUCCUUUGCAAUGAUAUGCUGGGACAAUGAAUCUAUCCAGCUUGCACAGAGCUGGGUACCCCAGGAAACAGUAAUAUUUGCAUCUGAUGUAAGAAUAAAUUUUGACAAAUUUAGAAGCUGUAUGAUUGCAACUGUAAUCUCAAAGACCAUCAUUACUAUUAAUCCUGAUACAGCAGAAGCAAAUAGUUUAUUCAACUUUAUAAGACAAAGUCCAGAAAUGUUAGACUUGGAUGAUGAAAUGAGAGAUCAGUUCAAGGAGUCCAUAAAUUUGCAGACAAUAGUUGACAUUUAUACAGUGGAACAAUUAAAGAUGAAAGCUUUGCAAAAUGAUGGAAAACCAGAACCAUUUUAUGGCAUUAUUUUUGCCUACAUUUCUACAUUGAAUAUUGAUAAUGAAGCAAGUAAAAUAAUACGAAACAGAUGUGUCAAGUGCCACUAUGUUGUCAAUGAAAAGACAAAUACGUGUUCUUUCUGUAGCAGCAUUCACUCCUUCUUCGAUGCAGACGCUGUGCCAGUGUUUGCCAGCUUUGAUUUACCAGUUGAUCUAACUGACCACACAGGCACGCUUCACUUUUGCAGUCUCUCAGACAGAAUAGCUGAAGAAACUUUAGGUUACACGGUCCAAGAAUUUCAAGCUCUGACAGACAUACAAAAGACAACAUUAAAAUGGCAACUUCUUCUAGAAAGAAGCAAAAUUUAUUUUAAAGUUAUUCUUUCUACCACAGCACGAACGGGGCUGAGAGUAAAACUGCUUUCUUGCAAGCUAGCAGAUCCAGUGGAGGCUUAUCAAAACCUGCCUGGAAAAGGAAAAUAACUAUAUUGUGCAUCUGCAAAAUAACUGGAAGGAAUUCUCAUUUUCUCAUAGCAUGGUGAAAUGACAUCUUUGUAGGGGGUGCACACUUAAUGCAAAGGCCUGUAAGAUACACUUUGUCCAGGUGGUAAGAUUAUAUCUGAUUUUGAAGAACAGUGGAGCUUGCUUCACUCUCCAAGAUGUAGUUUUCCAUUAAAAUGUGUAAGGAAUGUAUGUUUUCAGUCUUCUUCACAAGCAUGUUUAAUUUCAGAUUACCUCAGAAAGGACAGACAUUCAGGACAUUUUGUAGAGAGAGAUGGUUCAGUAUAAUAGCUGAGAGUUUCAGCUGGGAGAGAAGCGCCAUCUUCAUGUGUUGCACAAACCAUGAAUUUAUCAGGUGUAAUGAAGGAGCGUCCCCUCUCUCAGCACUUCCCUCUCCCCCUUCAAGUCUGCAACAGGAGAAAAAGAAUACCCGUGACCUCUGUUGCAAAAACGCUAACAAUAUUUGGUUUCACAGAUAAUAGGCAAGUAAUAUUAUGAACUGUCUGGCAUUUAUUCACAGAAACAAAAAGACAAGUUUUGGCUUCAUUGCAAAGUGUUUUUUAAAUCUCAACAUAUAAAUUAUAAUUUUUAAACAAUACAGUUUGGCACAAAAUUCCUUCAUUAUUUGGUUAACGUUUUUAAGGAAGGUAGGGUAUGACCGUAUGAUACGCAGUGUUUUGCAGUUCUAAAAAUAUAUAGGCUUGUUUAUUUACAGUGACCGGCUGGCCUUUUCCAGACAAGCC